AUGGCCCAGCAUAAAAAGAGGGUAUUCUCUGCAAACUUUGCUGAAGACAGUGAUUCGGAAGAAGCGCCGUAUUCGGAAUAUUCAAAAAUUAGAUUGAUUCAUAUAGACCCCACUGACAAGCUUCGUAAUGAAGUCACAUCUCUUCGUGCUCAGCUAGUCCAUUUCAGCGGUCAGCAAGAUUCUGUUGCCCACACUUUGGAAGCCAAUGGCGGAUUAUUAUUGAAGCUUUCUGUCGCGAAAGCUCGACUUGAAACAAAAGAUGUGCUGAUACAUGAGUACAAGAAGAAAAUCGACAUAAUGCGUGGACUUGGCUCGAAAGAAACUGAUGCAGCUGCAGUCGUCUACAACUUCACGCAAGCACUCGUAUCUAUCGACACAGAAAGAAUCAAAAAGAGUCAAAACUCCUUCGACAGUGAAGAAGACAACUCGGACUAUGAGCGGCUUCGAGUGGAGUUGAUUCAUGCUCGACAGUUACGUUUACAUACUACGAACAGUACAGAACCAGAUCAACAUCUGGACAGGGAAAAUUGCGAUGGUGGCUCUCGUAUCUAUCAAAACUAUGCCGUGAAGCUUCGGGGGCUCAGUAGAGAACGUCCAGAGCCUUUGGCCGAUGUAUCAAGCUGGAUAAUGUGGUUGGAAGCAUUGAAGGACACAAAUGUAGAGGCUCUGGUAGAACUGAAUGCUGGAAGGUGUUCACUCCUUCCAAAGCCUGGACGCAUCGGGGCCAUCAACAGUAUGCUCCAAAUGCUACUAGAGGAUAAUCAAGAACAGAAGUCCACGGAAUUGAUAUGCAAAGAGGUCCGUGCCUCAAAAGUUCCGAAGGGGACACUUGAGAUGAUGUUGAUUGAGAAGAGCAAACAACCGCCACUUGAAUGGGAACGUUCGUCGGAAACCAUUAGACAGGACGAGGCAUAUCAAGCAAAACAUGUGCUAGAAAAGGAAAUGACGGUCGUUAAACAAGAAGUGCUCAAUUUGCAGUGGGAGAACAAGGAACUUCAGUCCAUGCUUACCGAAGCUACGAACUCUAAGGAACUUCAGGAUACCAGGUUAGAGUUGACUGCACAACAAGAACACCAAGUGGAUUUGUUCGAAGCCCGAAUUCUUGCAGCCGAUCAUCACAGAGACCUCCUUGAAGUUUCCCUAAAGCAAGCCUGGGAGUGUAAGAGCUUGGAGCUCAAGCGGAAAUGUGAAGAAUUCGAUACUAUUGAAGAGGAGGUCAAAGCCAUUAAGACUGUGCUAGAUGAUAAAGACAUGCAGCUCAAACGUAGCGAUCAGCGUCUUUUAGAAAGUGACAGCGCGUUGCAGAGUUAUCGAAGUCUGGAACAGGAACACGCCAUAAGAAGUGGAACACUCGAAGAGGAACUUACGGCCGCUAAACAAGAAACGUGUCGACUGAAGGCAGAGAAUGGGGAUGUCCGAUUGAUGCUCGAGGACAUGCAAACUUCUGCCUCGAGAGUGCUCCAGGAAAAAUUGCAGGAACAACGGAAAGAGCGACAACAUUUUGAUGAAGCACUCAAAGAGAUGAAUCGAUGCAAAGAUCUUCUUGAGUAUUCUCUCAAAGAGGCCUGGGAAUGCAAGAACCAAGAGUUUAGAGAUUCACAACGAGAGCUCAGUAAUUUACAAGAAGACAUCAAAAGCGUGCGGCAAAUAUUGGAAGAAAAAGAGACGCAGAUCCAAGGAAACCAACGAGAGAUCUCCAGGUUGGAGGCUAGUUUGCGGCAAAAGGACGAAGAAAGUGAUCACAUAGAUUCUGUAGAGAUCGAUCAUCAAAUGCAAAUCGAUUCUUUGCAAGAGGAUAUCAAGUAUUUCGAGGCCACUGCUCACCAACUAGAAGCCUAUCGUGAUUCUCUUGAAGCAGAUCUGCAAUCUGAAGAAGGCAGAGUUCGAGACCUUGAAGCAACCCUCCUCAAGAAAGAAACGGAACAUGCUCUUACCUGCAAAUCACUUGAGGAUCGUCUAAUUGCCUCGCGUCGUCAUAACGAAGCGAGAGUUGCCAAGCGCUCAGUUUUUGAACGAACUUUACAGGAGCAAUUCAAAGCUGUGCAGGAAAAGCUUAUUCUAGCAAAUGAAGUGAAUGCAAAAGUAAAGGAUCUCGUCGCCGAAAAGAAGCAAAAUUUGGCUGCAUCUCAGGGUCAGGCAAAGGAAAUGCAACGCCAGAUAAUGCAUCUCGAGUACGAAUUAACGCAAUCACAACGACAAAUUCGGAACAAGGAUCUACAUCCUACAGUCUCCGUUCUACAAGACGAGAAUCUUGCGAAGGCUUUAUGA